AUGCCUCCAGAUAAGUCAAGCCAAGCCAUGACUGAGCUGCAGGGACCAGCGAGUGCUUGGCUACAGCGAGACAAGAGACAAAUGGAAUGCGUGGAAGCCUCCGGAUCUUAUGAAAACCUUGAAGACAUAGCCUCUUACAGUCCUGCCUCAUUCUUAAACCCCAAGGAAGGACUGGUAGCCAUCUCCUAUGUCCUGCUGCAGACACAAGCUAUCUCCUAUGACACACACCACAACACCACCCACACCCAGGACACACCUGACAACACCACACCCACACCCAGGACAUGCCCCACAACAUCACCCACACCCAGGACACACCCGACAACACCACAUACACUCAGGAAACACCCCACAACACCACACACACACACAGGACACACCCCACACCACCACCCACACACAGAACACACCCCACAACACCACAUACACUCAGGACACACCCCACAACACCACCCACAUGGCAGGACUGGCGCCACAACACCCACAAUACGCUCUUCCAAUGGCAACCCCACCAACACCACACCUUGA